AUUAUUUAAAUAUGUAUUUCAUAAAAUAUUUAUUUAGUGGUAAAAAAUACUGUUUUCAGUUAUUUUAAUUUUUGUUGUAAUCUUAUAAGCAUGAUAGAAAUAUUGAUAUUCUUGUAAAGACUUAUUAAACUAAGAUACUGAGAAAUUAUGUUAAAUUCUACCAAUAACAAUGUUGAUUCUGAAAAAUGGAAGGAAAUUGUAUCAGAUGAAAUUCAAUCAGAUAUUGAAAAUUAUUCAGAUAAUGAAUUACCUCUUUCGUCAAUAGUAACUACUAAUAACAUUAAUACCGAAAAAUGGCAAGAUAUUACAUUGGAUAAUAUUCAGUCUAACAUGAAAAAUGAUUCAGAAAAUGAGUUAUCUCUUUCAUCAAUAUCCACUUUUAAUGAUAAUCAUAGAAUUCCAAAGCAUCAAGAAAUCAAUUUGGAUGAUACUCAAUCUGACAAUGAAAAUUGCUUAGACAAUGAAUUACCUCUUUCGUCAAUAGCAAAUGUAUUGCUUCUAAGUGAUAGUUGUAAAUUUGAAAAAUCUGAGUCAAUUGAUUACCGAUCCAAGCUAAAUGUUAAUCAUAAUACACAAUCUGUCUUACAUCAAAUAUCCACCAAAGACCAAAGUAAAAUAGAUACACCAAUGAGGAGGUAUGGGUGUGAUAUCUGUGGGAAAAUAUUCCUUAGGCGUAUUGCGAUUAUUGAACAUUUUAGAACUAGUUUAUGCUUUCCAGACAGUCCUUUUGAUUUUAAAUUUGACAGCCCAAAUUAUUAUUUAUGUAAUAAUUCUGAAGAUUCAAUAUCAUUUGUCAAUAAUAUAAAUAAUUUAGAAACAAAUAAUAUGAAAGCUACGACUUACAAAUGCAGAGUUUGUCAAAAUGUAAUUAGAAAUAAUAAUCUAAUAAAAAGGCAACAAAUAUUACAUACUAAAGAAAAUAACUUAUUAUGUGAUAUAUGUUCAGUGUUAAAUAGUAUUGCAUGUGGAAAUAAUCAACAUCUUAAAGAAAAGUAUACAUGGAAAUGUAAAUCUUGUGGGCAGACAUUUACUAAAUUAUCUGUUUUAAAAACUCACAGAUGUAUUUUUCCAAAGAAUAAAUUAUUCAAUUGUUAUAAAUGUCAUAAAUCUUAUAAAAACUUAAAUGCUUUAGAAAAACAUAAGAUUGUUCAUAAAUUAAAUUGCAAUAUAUGUAAUAAACAAUUCUUUAAACAGUCAACUUUAACAGAUCAUAAAAGAUUACACUAUUUAAAAAGUAUCAACCAACCCAAUAUUCAUUUAAAGUACAUGAAUUCUAGUGUAUUAAAUACCAACAAAGCCUUCAACACAUCUAAAAAUUAUGAAUGCUCAAGAUGCUCAGAAUUGUUUCAUAAACGUUCAGAAAUAAUUUCUCAUAUUUUUGAAAAUCAUCGAGAAGAUUAUUCCAAAUAUAGUUGUGAUGAAUGUACAAAUUUUAGUGAUUCUUCACGUGACUAUAUUUUAUGUUUAGCAAAAAACCAUUGCAAAUGUGAUGUUUGUCCCCAAUCAUUCACAACAUCUCAUAGACUACAACAGCAUUAUAGAUGGCAUCUUGGUAUCAAUAAUUUUAAAUGCCAAUUCUGUCCUAAGACAUUUUCAAAAUGUUUUCUUUACUUGUCUCAUGAAAGAACGCACACGGGAGAAAAACCAUUCAGAUGUAAUUUUUGUGGCAAAUGGUUUCCUGAGACAUCAAAUUUAAAUAUCCAUUUAAAACCCUACAAACUUUUUGCAUGUAAUAUAUGCCAAAAAUCGUAUACUCGGAUGUCUUCAUUAUUGUUCCAUAAAAGAAUACACGCUAAAGAAAAACGUCAAAUUAAAAGCUGUAAUCAAUUUUCAACUUUAGAAGUACGUACAAGACGACAAUAUACUAGAAGAAAGCAUUUUAAUUGUAAAUUAUGUGCCAAAUCAUUUUUUCAUUCAUGGUUGUUAAGUGCUCAUCUAAAAACACAUCAAAACAGAAAAAAUGUUAAAAAAUCAUCAUUAAACAAACACAAGAGACCACAAGAAGAUACCAUAUGUAUUAAAUGUAAUUUAUGCCAAGAAUCAUUUAGUGACCAGAAUAUUUUAAUUACUCAUAGAUGUAAGUCAUCUACAUGCAAAUAUUGUUUAAAAGUCUUUAAUAAUGUUUCUUCACUUAAUAGACACUAUAGAUACAUGCAUCAAAAAAACAACGAACUCUUUGACUGUGAUAUUUGUAAAAUAUCAUUUAUGUGUUCAACUAGUCUUAAUGAACAUCUAAAAAAGCACACUCUUUGUGAUAAAAACAUGCCUCUUACAUUUAAUGUCACCAAUGAAAUAAAAACAGCAAAAGAAGAAAUGUAUUUAAAUGAAGAAUAUAAAUGUGAUAUUUGUAUGAAAAGUUUUUUCAGUCAAACACAAAUUAUUCCUCACAUUCUAGAAACUCAUUAUUAGGUUUACAUUAAAUAUUAAUAUAU